GCAAAAAUGAGUCAUUUUUUUAUGUUUUCUCGUUGAAACAAGUGCAUUUUUGUGUCUUUUUCUCUAGCAAUUAACUGUAGUUAUAUUUGUAAUGUAUUAUAUUUAUAAAUAGUUUAUUCUUGCGUGAGGUUGUUUUGUUAUGAGCCUGAUAGAACGAUGUUUAUGCCUCGAUCUGUAAAGGUUAAGAGAGGAGUGUGUGAGAGUGAUGAGAAAACCACUGGAGUGAAAAAAAGCAAAGGAAACUUGGAUGGUGUUUCUGACCCUUACAGUGUGGAAGCAGAAGAGCACGAAGAUGACACAACGGUAGUGCAAAUCAGUGAAGCAGAGGUGUCUGGAGAGACACUGGACCAAGAGGAACCUGUGAAAUCCUUCAAGAAAAGCCAGAGAUGGCCCAACCCUGGAGAACCUGUGUGUGUGAUGUGUGGUCGUUAUGGCGAGUACAUCUGCGACAGCACUGACAAUGAUGUGUGCAGUCUGGAGUGCAAGGCCAGUCACUUGGCCAGCAUGUGCCUGGGACUUAAAGAUAAAGUCUUCUCCAAAAUCAGCCAAGAGUCAUCAGAGAUCCCUCCAUCAUCAUCAUCAUCAUCAUCACUUCCAGACAGUGCUGAACUCGGUUACUCCUACAGAGAGGAUGCCUUCAUAUCAGAUCUGACCGAAGAGCAGGUUGACAGGGUGAAGAAAGAGCUGGCGAUUGUUACAGAAGGUCAGGAUGCCACCAGGCCCAUCAUUGAAUUCGAGCACUGCCACUUUCCAGAAGCGCUCAUGAUGAACCUGAAGAAGGCUGGCUACGAGGCCCCGACUCCUGUCCAAAUGCAGAUGGUUCCUGUAGGUUUGGCUGGGAGAGAUGUGAUCACCACGGCUGACACAGGGUCGGGAAAGACCGUCGCCUUUCUGCUUCCGCUGGUGGCUCGUUGCUUAGAGAACAAAGCAGGUACUUCACCUGACCCCCUGAGUGUGAUUCUGACUCCAACCCGGGAGCUGGCGAUCCAAAUCGAGAGACAGGUCAAGGAGUUGAUUAUGGGGCUUCCUAACAUGAGGACGGCGCUGCUGGUCGGAGGGAUGCCCCUACCUCCUCAGCUACACCGGCUCAAACAGAAAAUCAAGAUUGUGAUCGCCACUCCAGGCCGUCUCAUCGAGAUACUGAAGCAGAAGGCUGUCCAGCUCACCAGCGUAAAAGUCGUAGUUGUUGACGAGGUCGACACCAUGCUGAAAAUGGGAUUCCAGCAACAAGUGCUGGAGAUUCUGGAGCAGGUUCCUGAUGACCGUCAGACUUUACUGACGUCUGCUACGAUACCUAAAGGGACAGAGCUGCUAACGUCUCGUCUGACCAGCGAUCCGGUACGAGUUACGGUCGGCCAGAAGAAUCAGCCGUGCGCUAACGUUCGACAGAUCGUCGUCUGGGUGGAGGAGCCAUCAAAGAAGAAGAAGCUUUUCGAGAUUCUGAAUGACAGUAAGCUCUACCAGCCCCCUGUGGUGGUGUUUGUAGACUGUAAACUUGGAGCCGAUCUUUUAUGCGAGGCUAUACACACAGUCAUGGGUUUAAACGCAGUCGCUAUUCACUCGGACAAGACACAACGGGAGCGCAACAGGAUCCUCAAGGGCUUGCUCGAGGGCCAGUUUGAAGUGGUGGUUAGUACUGGUGUACUGGGGAGAGGACUGGACCUGGUCAACGUCAAACUGGUGGUGAAUUUCGACAUGCCAACUAACAUGGAUGAGUAUGUUCAUCAGAUUGGUAGAGCAGGAAGACUCGGGCACAGAGGGACGGCUAUCACCUUCAUGAAUAACAACAACAAGCGCUCUUUUCUGGACAUAGUAGAGAGAGUAAAGCCGACUGGCUCCCAGCUCCCGCCGCAGCUCCUCAACUCUCCGCAUCUCAUCGAACAGCAAAGGAGAGCCAAAAAAGGUCACAGACAAGGAUCAGAUGAUGUUGUGACCAAGAACAAUAUUAUUGACAUUAUUAAGAGGCACGACCGGAGACAGUUUAAGAAGUGACAUUGAUUUUUGCUACACGUUAUAGUGUUAAAUGAAUUUUGAAUAAACACCACAUUUUGCAUUGA